UAUACGUUGAAAUAUUAGAACUGUCUUUUGGUAAUACGAAUUUCAAUGUUAGCUUUUAACAUUCCCACCGUUGAAUACAACAAUCUCACUGUGACAAUUGAAGUUUAUGGCAUUGUAUCUUGUAUCCUUUUGUUUAAUAAACAGUUUUCGGGAAGGUCAUAGGAAUUACGUUCUAUUUCGAUCAUAUCAAUAAAUAAUGUUACUACGAACUGAUAGGAAUCACCUGUUUAUUAGGAAAUGCACCAUUAUAUCAAACAGUUAGUUUGGUAUCCUUGCCACUACACGAUGCGUUGGCGUACAGUUUUUCUUUUCAAAGCAGCAUUAAGUGCUUUCCCGUUUGUGCUUCGAUUGUUUGGUAUGUUUCCGUACUCAUUUGACGAGAUCGGUAAACGUGUGAAGUUAUCGAAAAGCUGUAUGCUGUAUACAGUAGUGUACCUUAUGGCCUACGCAGUUGCUCUUGUGCAGUAUUCUCUAAUGGCAAUGCGAGCUCGUAUUAUGGAAAAACGAAACAAUUCAAUAUUACUGCUUGCCACCUAUUCCACGAUAUAUUUGAAUGGAAUCUUUGCAUGCUUGGUAGGAUUGAUCUAUCGCAAAAGGAUUCAUUUUCUCUACAAUCAAUUUAUUCAACUGUGGCACCUGCUAAGUUCCGAUGUUCCCAAAAACUUCGAUAAGAAACUUUUCUAUCGGUUCGCAUUCAAGUUGCUCGCCCUCGAUGGCCUAGCUCUCGUAGUUGGAAUCGUAGUUCGUUUACGAACGUACCUAUUGACACGAAAUAGACCAGCUCUUUACGAUGCAUUAUGGAUCGGAUUCUUUCUCGGAAUGAAUGCUUCCGUCACUAAUCUGUUUGUUGCCGUUGGUUAUAUUGGAGCUCAUUUGCAUCGACUAUUGAACUACCGACUGUUGAGAAUAAACGAAAAACUUCACAAUAUCGAACACGUUCAACAUUACUGGCGAAUGAAUCCUGCGAAGAAACUGUUGGUUUUGAAAAAAAUGAACACUGAACUGCACCAGCUGGCUCUUUGGCACGGUGAAAUAAAUCAACUGACACAAGGAUUCAUGGAUGUACAUGGCCUUUCAUUGUUCAUGACUGUGCUCAAAGAUUUUGUAGUUAUCAUUACUGGAUUUUUCGGUACAUAUAUGUUGGUGGUUAUACCGCUGGAAAGAAACCAAACACCGGAGAUUGUCGCCCUCGGCUUCAAUUUGUACAUGGCAAUUUUUUAUUGCUGUCAGUUCUUUUUUCUAGUAGAAAGUGGUGCAAUGUUCACAAGAAGGGUAAGAGUCAGGUUAAUAACCUAUUUUCAAAUGCACGAAUUAUACCGAUUUCAGGCUGAUAAAACUGGACUCAUUAUCGAUGACUUUGGGAUUCCAAAAACAAAUGAAAAUAUAGACAAUACGAUUGAAAUGAUCAGCUUAGAGCUAUUGCAUCGAAACAAUGCGAUUGAAAACUGCGGUUUGUAUAAACUCGACUUUUCGUUGAUGUAUACGUCAUUCACUUCGAUGGCCACUUAUUUGAUAUUAGCGGUACAAUUCCAGAUGAAGGAGUAAUGUGGAUGCUGUUACCAUUUAGGUUCGAUUGAAAUCAACGGUUUCUCAUGUAUUUGAAAUCAAGCGUGUACAUAAGAUUCACAACUGCGUUUUGUCGAUAGCAGGAGAUUAUAAAAUUCACGUUUUCUCGCGUAUUCAGACUUCGCGAACACAAGAUUGAUGAUAGCGUGCAGUUAGUAGAAAUAUAGGAAUAAUUCUAGGGUGUUGUUCGAUUUGUUGAAAUGGA